GCCAACGUAGUCUCGCUUCCAAUGCAUUGCUUCAACUUUCUAGCAGAAAUUAAGAUAACACAUCUUCUGCAGUCUUUUCACUCCGUUUCUUUUCGUAUACAUGUCGAGGACGACGGAGCCAUUGACGGUAGGAAGAGUGAUAGGAGAGGUUGUUGACAUCUUCACCCCAAGUGUGAAGCUGAAUGUAGUUUACAAUCCAAACAAGCAAGUUGCUAAUGGACAUGAGCUCAUGCCUUCUGUCAUUGCUGAAAAACCUCGCGUCGACAUCGGCGGUGACGAUAUGAGGAUUGCUUAUACCUUAAUAAUGACAGACCCAGAUUAUCCAGGCCCCAGCGAUCCAUACCUGAAAGAACAUCUCCACUGGAUGGUCACAGACAUUCCUGGGACCACUGAUGUCUCAUUUGGAAAAGAAACUGUGGAGUAUGAAACUCCAAAGCCGGUCGUAGGCAUUCACAGGUACGUGUUCUUGCUAUUCAAGCAGAGAGGAAGACAAACAGUGAGGGCUCCAGCUUCCAGGGACAAUUUCAACACCAGAAAAUUCUCGCAGGAGAACGGUCUUGGGCUGCCUGUGGCUGCCGUCUAUUUCAAUGCACAACGAGAAACUGCUGCUAGAAGAAGAUGAUGAGUAAUUACUACUGCAUAUAAAUAAGAUUAAAAAUGUCAUAAGAAGAUUGGAGACUUGUAUCUCCUGCUGUGCUGGUCUUCCCUAUAGCGUGCAGAGAGGGCAUGC